GAAUUGCUUUUUGAACAUCGUUGAAAUGUUUGAAACAUCGUCUGCUAAAAAUAAAUUUAUUUACAAGAAAAAUGAAACUUUAUCGAAAAAUAUCGUUUUCUGUUAUUGUUAUUCAUUUAUAAAACAAAAUAGAAAUGGAGAAACAAGAAUGGCGGGAAGCAUUUCAACGGCAACCUACAUAUUAUAUAUUUUUUGAUUUGACUCCGCCAAUGUCAAUAAGCAAUAUAACUACUAUUUGUCAGGUUUUGCAAGAUACCACAAUCUUGGUAAUAUCAAUGAAAGGUUCUUCUCGAUUUUCGGUCUUAGGCGUUUAUGUUUUGUCUGGUAGAACAAAAUGUAUUUUUCCCUUUCAAUCUCUUAAACAGAAUUACACAAAAUUUCAGUUUUCUUUAGAAUGCAUGAAAAGUACUCAUACUUUAUUUACUGGGUCAGAGACGUUUGAAACUAGUGAUUUAUCUACAUGCCUACAGCAUGCUAUACAGCAAUAUGAAACAUAUUUUCAGGGAGCAGUAUUAAAUAAAGAAGAAUGGCCCCAACUGCAAGUGGUGUUUUUCACCGCUCAACCUCUACAGAGAUUCACUAAACAAGUCAAAGAGUCCCUUCAAAGCAUAGAACUAGGAUACAUUAGAAAAGUCAAUGUGAUCAUGCUUAGAAAUCGUCUAUUUCAUACUUCAAUGACUAGCAGUGAAUCGAAAAGUGAAACUCAGUCUCAUAGUUCUCAAAAUAUAUUUGACAAUGAUGUAGAAAAUACUAUAAACAGUCUUUUACAUGCUAUCGAAGUCGAUGCUAACUCUUAUCAACUAGAAAAUGUAAUGAAAUGCUGGCUCCAUGACUGCAGUACAGACUCUGAUCACUUACGGAUUGUUGUUGACAAAUACAACUUACGCUGUGACCUCAAGGAAUGUUUUCUGAAUAUCGAUUCAUUUCCUGUGCAUGGACACUUUAGCAUCGCCGUAGAUUCAACUUAUUCGAAUCAAGUUGGACGAGCAAAUCCUGUUUCAAAACAAAACUUCAUUUCUAAAGUGCCUGUGCUUACUUUGGAGGCAGUAGCCGUUGUUCGUAGAGAAGGUCUUUGCGAAUCUCUUCUUUUUGGACAUCCCUUUAUAGCAACUGCCACUCAGUGUUGGAAACUGGAUUGGGACGAAUUAGAAAGAUGUGAGCAAGAAUUCACAGCUAUUGUUAACUACUUGUACGAAAAAAAUAUGGUUUUAUUAACCAAGAAGCGCAUAAAUCUAUCUGGAACUACAGAUAAAGUGAUACCAGCUGGCCACUUUGUGCUUUUUCCAUCUAAAAAUGCACUGCUCGUGAAAUCCGUUGUCACCCAGGAAUUAUUACUUCCACUAACUCUAUCUGACUCAAAUGCAAUUCCUGAAGAGCUGACGCUGGAAGUCAAGGAAUCCAUGGAGAAGCUAGAGAAAAGAGAUGUAUACAAUCCUGUGAGCGUGAAUUCCGGACUUUAUCGAUAUCUCUUGUCAUUUUUCUCUAAAAACAAAUCUAAAGCAUCUACAAGUUUUGUGGUGCCAAUUAUAAACAAAGACGAGGGUAAAGCAACGUUGAAAAAACGAAGGAAAUGUACAGUUGUACCAGUUGCGGAAGUAGCUUCAAAUGUUUCUCCGGAACCAAACAAUGGAAAGGAUUUCAUGACAGCGUCGACAUUUCUCAAGAAAAAAUUCCUCCAGAAUAUUGUAUAAAUCGAUAUAGUUCAAUAUUAAAUUACCUAUAUAAUGUUUA